AUGAUGUUGUCCAACUUCAAGUUCACUUCCCCCGAAGAAGUGCUGCUUCUGCUGCUGGGCCGGUUGCACCAACGUCACGUUCCGGUUGUGCUGGGGUUUCUGCUGCUGGUGCUACCGUUCCUUCCGGCCACGAAUUUAGUUGUAACCGUCGGUUUCGUCGUUGCCGAGCGAGUGCUCUACAUUCCUAGCAUGGGCAGCGUUAUUCUGGUGGUGUACGGUGCCCAGCGGCUCUGGGAGCGCGUUCCCAAGCUACGAAAGCCCAUCAUGGCGUUUGGCAUCCUCCUGAUAGCAGCCGGUACCCUGAAGACCCUUACCCGCAACGUAGACUGGAGCUCACGGGAGGCACUCCUAAGAUCCGGUCUCCAAACCCUACCCCACAACGCCAAAAUGCACUACAACUUCGGGAAUUACCUGCGCGACUCGUCCCAACCGGAGGACGCCAUCGUGCACUACCGUGAGGCCCUGUGCCUGUGGCCAACCUAUGCCAGUGCCCACAACAACAUCGGGACGCUGAUGGUCGACUUUGGUCCGGCAGAGUACCACUUCCUGGAGGCGAUUCGGUACUCGUCGGAGCACAUCAAUGCCCACUACAACCUGGGACAGCUGUACCGCAAGUCCAACCGAACCGCGGACGCCGUCCGGAUGCUGGAGCGGUGCAUCAAGCUGGAGCCACUUUUCACCGCGGCUUACCUGGAAUUAGUGAAAUUAUACAGCGGACCGCAGGCCGGCCAGCUGCUGCGGCGCGUCGUCCGGCUGAACCCGUACGACGUGGACCUGCGCCGGCAGUACGGCGACUGGCUGGCGGAACAGAAUUUAUUGCUGGAAGCCGUCACCCAGUACCAGGAGGGCCUGCAGGUGCUGCCCACGCAUCAACUGUCCCUUAUCGGAGCCUGCCGGGUGCUGCGAAGGCUCGGCCAACACGGACGUCUCCACCAGCUCGUACUAAGAUGGCAAUUCAUAGUGCGCUUAUCGAGCGGUGGCAUUCCGAUACAGACCGAUAUCUAUCUCCGUGAUUGGAGCAUAAAGCACGAGCUGAGGAACCGAGCAAUGAUAUACGACACCGGGAGCAGCAGUAGCAGUCCUGCUGGUGGAAGCAGCGUGGGUAGUUCGUACAGUAGUACAGCAGGAUCUCCGAAGGAUGGGAACGCCCCAGUUGCCGGCUCCGGAAAAGAUUGCAUCUCCUGCUCCACCACCGUGGACUCCUCCCUCACCAGCCAAUCGACCACCUCCGGCGUCGAGCCGGACAUUAGCAUACGAAUCCUGCGCAGCCCGCACUGCAACCGGUCCGAGCACCUCCCCGGAUCGCUCAAGGCCUGUAAGAUAGUCCCCAAGCCCUCCCAAGCUUCGACCCCGACCUCCUCGAAAUCGAAAUCGACGAAGAGUUCCUCCUCGGGCAAGCACAAAAAGUGGCCCAAAACUCGCCACAAGACGAAAGGACCACCCGAAGGACAGCUGGGACCGAAUUCCGAAGGGUUGGCACCACUGCUGGUGUCCAACCUGCUGGACAAGCUCUAACACGGUGGACGGCGGCUAGGGUGAUCUGCUAGGGUAGGGAGGGACAUUAUUUGGGUGUUUUAUAAAGAAAGGGAGGGAAUACUUCGGAUAAACUGAGAAGCAAUUUUUUUCGGGAAUUUUAUUUCAAACAAAGCAGUGUAGCCAGAAAGGCAAGAAACGAUGUAAGUAUUAAACUUUUGAAGGUAGAUUAAGCUGAAAACGAAAUAUACUAAGGGAUCUUAAUUUUAACUAACAAAUGUGAUUUGAUUUAAUGUGUGUCAAUAGCGUGUCCCAAAAAAACACGAAGUCGAGGAAUUCAAUGUGCUCAGUUCUCAAAUGAUAGAACAUCAUGUUAGAAACAACUCUCUCAUACAUGAAAACUUUCGGAAAAAUUGUUUACCACGUUCCCUGGGCAUUUUUUUUUUAAAAAAGUCAGUUUUUUCGACAAUUUCA